CGUCAGAGUGAUAGGACAACAGCAGAUCAAGGAAGUAAUCGUAGUUAAAAAGUGACAUACAGGAGAAGUGAGAGCGGAUGGGCAGAAAAUAGUUAAAAAGUAAAAUAUACGAGAAGUGAGAGCGGAUGGGCAGAAAAGCUAUGUGUGUGUGUAUUUUUUUUAUUUCAGUUAUGUGUCUUGCGAUUACAUAAAACAAGCUGGGGGAACGUUACUGCCAUUUAAACCUUACAAUGUUUCAAUAAAACGGCGUUUAUAAUCAGUCAGAUUACAGUGUUUCGUUUUAAUUAUUGGCUACUUUAUGCUAUACUAAUUAUAUAUACAGUAUGUAUAUAUAUGUAUAUGUGCUACACUAUCAUAAGACGUUUUAAAUCGAAAAAUGUUCUUUGCAUUCCUCCUCACCGCGAGGUGGCAAACGUUUCCUAUGGCGAGCUUUUCACAUGGAGCGUCAGUCCGUUUCUAUGGGGAAAAAGCGUGAGACAACAGAGAGGAGAUGAGAUUGUGUAUCGCUGGAAAGUCUGAGUUGUAGACAUUAGCAGCGAAAGCUGAAGUUUAUGGAAGAUCGGACACAGAGACGAUCGAUACUAAAAAAAAACAACAAAAAACAGUCGAUAGCCAGGGUAUCGAGAAGCAGUGCAUAAAACGGUAAGAAAUUGUUAGAAUCUAGUCACGGUGCACUUCAGGUGGAUUUACUGACUUUUCAAAAUUCUGUUUUUUGUUGUUGUUUAUCCCAACUUUAAAGAUGAUUUAUUUCAAAGUUUGGCCACCAGUGAGGAAACUGUACGGAGUGCUUUUCGGUGAUUAAAAAUAUAAAACUAUAGAUGGAGGUUUCCCCAGAGAGUACCAGCCCUAAACCCUUUCCUCCUUUUUACACUUUUACGGUUUUAUAGUCAAAGGAGCUUAUUUGAUUCUUUGACGUCUUCUCCUUUUAAAUAAUUAGUUUAUAUUUUUAGCACACCGUUUGAUAACUCCAUGGCUGAGUGUCCUAAUGCUAAACAGAUGCCCAAAUCCGUCCUUAAUUCUAAGCGGGCACAAAGACUGCAUGAUAACUGAUCUGGACUAGGCGCUCUCCGAGAGAUCCCAUGUGUUUACUUACUGAUUGGUAAAGCAACUGUCAGGCUGCUGUGAGCCUUGACCCCAUAUUGGCCACCACAGAAGGCGUGAAACUGGAGAUGACUUGAGGUAGGAGCGGGUGACAGCAGUGAACUAAAUUUUAUUAUGGAUUGUUGUGUGGACAAGAUAUUGCACUCAAGCCACUGCAGGGGCACUAUCCAUUGUGUCUCUCCAUUGAUCAUUCAUAAUUUGUAAACAAGGAACCUCAUCAAUUGUCUUCUAUUGCUGAACUAGUAGCUGUCAUCUUCUGAAUGUGCCAACACUUCAUCCUUUCGUACAUUAUCCCUGUGAACUGUGACUUGACUUCCUGAUGCUCCCAAGACUCCUGGUAACUCUUUUGGAUAUCUUAGCCCAGUGAUGCUCCAGACGAGUAAUUAUUCUUUGGUGCUGCUGGUGCAGUUCCUUCUGCUGGUGUAUGACCUUUUCGUGAACUCUUUCUCCGAGCUGCUGAGAUCUGCCCCCGUCGUGCAGCUUGUGCUUUUCAUCAUCCAGGAUAUUGCUAUUCUCUUCAAUGUGAUCAUCAUUCUUUUGAUGUUCUUCAACACUUUUGUGUUCCAAGUUGGACUAGUCAGUUUGCUUCUUCAUCGCUUCAAAGGGACAAUCAUUGUGUCGGUGCUGUAUUUGGGACUCAGCAUCUCUUUUCAUGUGUGGGUGAUGAACCUGCGCUGGUUAAAUUCAAACAGCUUUGUGUGGACAGAUGGACUACAAGCCCUGUUUGUGUUUCAACGCCUUGCGGCUGUGCUUUAUUAUUACUUUUACAAGCGCACAGCAGAAUGCCUUGGGGACACCCGUCUCUAUGAAGAUUCAGCAUGGUUACGCAGUGCCUUCUCCCGUAUCAGACAAUAAGGUCAGAAUGACUUCUUUGUGACAUGUACGAGAAAACCAGACACAAAAUGACUGAAAAUUGUGGCAAACAUGAGAGGACAUUGGAGAAAGAUAAGAAAAAACAAAAACAGUCAAGAUAUUUGUUGUUUUGGGCAUUCAAGGACCAAUGAUGACCUGAAUGAAUUUGCAAUGCAGUAUCCCUGUGAGUCCAAUAUACAGAAGACUUAAAAUAACUAUAUUUUGCAUCGUGAGGAGCUUGGAGAUUGUGAAGACCUAAGGCUAAGUGUCAGGAAUCUAAUGAGGCUGUACCACCACAGGUUUUGUUACUAAUUUUACUCUGUUGCACUUGAAUUGUCAUCUGAUGUAAACAACAGGACUUUCUUUAAUGUAACCUAAAAUAUACUAUUUGAAUCAGAAUUUAACAGGGCCCCUAAUUUUUGUCGCUUGUGUUCAUUAUGUAACAUAUUAAUUGGACUGACUACUACUCCAGUAGUUUUUUCCCCUUUUAUUGAUGUAUUGUGACAUUUUUUUUUACUUCAUGUAUGCAUGUUUUUGUAUUUAAAAUUGAAUUAUUUUUUUACUUUUUUAUAAGUGACAUUUUUAAAUGUUAUCUUCCUUUUUACUACAGAUUUGUGCAUUUAUACAAAUAGUCAAAAAACUGCAGUUUGCAUACUGCACUAUAAAUACUUCAAAUAAAAUAAUGUGAAUAAUCA